GUAAUUACCGUUUUGUACUCUCCCUAAUCUCCCCUCUCGCUUCCUCGUUGCUCCCGGCAAUCCCACGACCUCCCUCCACCUCGCCCCGCCCCACGUCUCGCCGCGCCGUCGAUCUCCCCGUCUUGCUGGAGACGGCGCCCCACCGCCUCCUGCUCCACGGGAUGGCCUCCGGAAGCUCGGAUGGCCGCGAGCCGUACGACGAAGAGGCCGCCGGCUCCCGCCGCCCGCUCGAGCUCGGCGUCCGCGACUCCGCCUCCGCCUCCGCCUCCGACCUCCGGUCUGGUAAUAUUAUAACUAGACAUCAGCUCGGCUCUACUAAAACUGAUACAAGUAAGAGAUACUUGGAGGAAUGGCAUAAGAAGCAGUCCAGUACAGAUGAUGUACGCAAGAGCAAGUCCGGAUACUUCACGGCGUUCGGGGUGGAUCUAUCCCCUGAUAAUAUGGCAGUUGCCAUUGUAUAUUUUGUGCAAGGGGUUUUAGGCCUUGCCCGACUUGCUGUGAGCUUUUAUUUAAAAGAUGAUCUUCACCUUGAUCCAGCUGAGACUGCAGUUAUAUCUGGUUUCUCAUCCUUGCCCUGGUUGAUCAAGCCCAUCUAUGGUUUUAUCAGUGAUUCCAUUCCACUCUUUGGGUAUCGAAGAAGGUCGUACCUUAUUCUGUCAGGAUUUCUUGGAGCACUUUCAUGGAGUUUGAUGGCUACAGUAGUUAAUAGUAAAUAUGGUGCAGCAUUCUCUAUUCUUCUCGGAUCACUUUCUGUAGCCUUCUCAGAUGUUGUGGUAGAUUCUAUGGUAGUUGAGAGAGCUCGUGGCGAAUCACAGAGUACAUCUGGUUCUCUCCAGUCUCUAUGUUGGGGAUCCUCGGCAUUUGGUGGAAUUGUGAGCGCAUAUUUUAGUGGUUCACUUGUUGAUACUUACGGAGUAAGAUUUGUCUUUGGUGUUACAGCAUUUUUACCCCUGAUGACAUCUGCUGUUGCAGUUCUUGUAAAUGAGCAUCGUCUGACUCCUGGGGAACAUGCUAUCUCAGUCUCUGGUUCAGGAUUCGUUGAGACCUCUACGCAGCACAUCAGGCAGCUAUGGACUUCAGUAAAACAACCUAACAUUUUCUUGCCGACCUUGUUCAUAUUCUUCUGGCAAGCAACACCGCACUCAGAUUCCGCCAUGUUUUUCUUCACCACAAAUAAACUUGGAUUCACUCCAGAGUUUCUAGGACGCGUAAAGCUUGUUACUUCCAUCGCAUCCUUGCUUGGUGUCGGAAUUUAUAACUAUUUUCUGAAGGCAGUUCAUCUGAGGAAAAUAUUUCUUGUGACAACCAUCAUAGGUUCAGCCCUUGGAAUGACACAGGUUCUUCUUGUCACUGGGCUUAAUAGGCAGCUUGGGAUUAGUGAUGAGUGGUUCUCCAUUGGAGAUUCAUUAAUCAUCACAGUCCUUGGUCAGGCUGCAUUUAUGCCGGUCUUGGUAUUAGCUGCAAAAUUGUGCCCUCCGGGAAUGGAAGCGACUCUGUUUGCCACUUUGAUGUCCAUUUCUAAUGCUGGAAGUGUUACUGGUGGUCUGGUCGGUGCGGGUCUGACAAAGCUUUUUGGGGUCACUAGGGAAAGCUUCGGAAAUCUACCUCUAUUGAUUAUCAUAUGUAAUCUCAGUUCCUUGCUGCCCCUGCCUCUUCUAGGUCUGCUUCCAAAGGAAACAGCAGAUUCAGAUGAUGAAGAAACGAAACACAGCUGACUAACUGAGGUUUUCUCUUCAUGUGUUCCAAACUUCCAAUAUGGGCCUCCCUAGUUUCAUCCGAGGUCAGCAAAUGAGCAGGGAAAUAUGGAACUUACACUGCAUAUAGCUAUACAGUUUCCACUGCUCUCAUGUAAACAUCAAGAUCGGUCAUCAUGAUUCGGCUAUCAGAAAAUGGAACCUCAUGCUGUGGAAUUCAGGUACUAGCUAUUCUAACAUGUAUGACCACACGAAGUUGUAACGUUUUUGACACUCAGUAUGUAACUUAUUUAACCCCAUGAAAAAGAGAUUGGGGGUUUCAUUUUUUGCACUGAAGUAUAAAUAUUUUUCCUGUGAGAAGCUGUACUAUGGACAGUGUGAACUGUGAAGAAACAAAACGUGACUUGUGAUAUAGUAUCAGAUUCUUUUACCAUAA